UAUUCAUUUCGAGUUCGCAUCGUUAGCAACGUUCGCAAAAAAAUAAAGUUCGCAAGUUCGCAAAAAAAUUUGGCUUGUAAAUCAAUUUGCGAACUUGCCCAUCUCCAAGGCUAGUAUUUAGUUCGCAAAAUAUUUUUUUUACAAAUACGGACAAUUUUGCAAUGGGAAGUCCAUAAAUCUCUAUUAGUUACCAAAGUUUUGCCCUUUAAAAUUUUUGAAAUUUCAUACAUCAAAUUUUUGCGAACUGUCAUUUGCGAAGUGUCUUCAUUUCGUUGCUUCGCAAAAUUCGCAAUUUCGAAAAAAUUAUGUUGCGAUGCGAACACGCGAACUCGUAAUGAAUACCCUCAUUGUAUAUAUCUUUGAGAAAAUAUCUAAUUUUUAAUUAAUAUUAACAAACCGAAAUAUUUACAUAUGAUCACCGCUACGGGUAGUACAAUUUUCCACCUCAGUAUUGCAACACCCUCGUCCACGAAUUAAUCUUAGAUCUAUUACAAAUUAAAGUUUUGCGUCGUAAUUUAUGUAAACUGCAUAAAACCACUAAAAUAGUAUUAUUAUUGGCUAGUACUUCAUUACCAGUUCCAAACUAAACAUCUUUUCAUAAUUUUCAUCAAUAAAUAAUCCUGACUUUCCGUAGUUUCCAAACCUGACUGGAAACAUAUCCCAAAAAAUAUCCCAAUUCAUGCGUUUGUUAAAGUUUGAGGUCUACAUAAAAUGCCCGAAAUUAUAGCUAAAUAUCAACCCUCCUCAUUAAACGGAUACGUGGAAUUUAAAAUUCCCAACAUUUCACACCCCUCCUUCGGCAAGGCGACGAUUUCUGGGCGCUUUCCUCGCAUCCAGCCGCGCUUCUCUCGUCCCGAAGUUGAUCCCAAAAUCAUUUCCGGUCUCACCACCAAGUUCGCCGAAUUAGUUGCGGAAUGCGGAAUUGGGACGGAUUCCUUCGAGCGGGUCGACGUCCCGACGACCAUUGCGGGCGCCAUACAGUUCACGCUUUAUUGGAACCCCACCAUCACCUGGGACUCGAAAGGGUUCACUUUCUACGUCUGGUUCCUUAUUUUCGGCUACUUUUUUGACGAUGCCUUGGAAGAUGGCUGGUUUGCGGGGAGGCUGAACGUGAAAACGGUGCAGUACGUGCAUGAAACGUAUGAUAAGAUCAUACGGAUGCAGGCGGUGGAAGAGGAAUUACCCGGAUUCGAAGAAUUGCCAGCCUUCCAUGGGAUUUGCAAGGUUUAUGCGAAAAUAAAUUGUACAUAAAGUUUAAAGGGCCGAAUAAUCACAAAAUCAAAUCAGAGGAUUAAAUAAUUAUGUUUUUUCUUGGGACCAUUCAUGCAAUUGCAAAUUCUGCGACAUUUUACUACGCAUGUCUUAGAAACAGGGAGGGAUUAUUUUCUCGAAUUUGCCAGGUUGUAAGGAGGAUGAAUACCAUUAUUGGUUCGCCCCCGGACUAAAGGUAUUGCGGAGAAUGGUUGCUGCCGGUGUGGACUUUGUGGGGGACGACUAUGUCGAAUAUAUUGAACCUUUUGCUUCCGCGUUCCAAGCUUGCUUCCUGAAUGACGAUUGGUUUACCUGUUGCAGAGUGGAUAAAAGGUUCAGCCUCGGAACGUACAGAGCUUGGCGUCAAGGAAACGCUGGUUGCGACGUGUGCCUAGAAUGCCAGAUGUUCGUUUGUGGGAUCCGCGUUUCGCAAAACGUGAGACGACAUCCGGUCUUCAAGAGAAUUAUAACCAUCGCGUUAACCAACGUGGCCUGGGUUAACGACAUUUUCGGCGCGGGCAAGGACUUCUCGUCGGCGGGGAACCAUCCAGAUAAUGAGAUCGUGUUUCGUGUCGUGGAGAAGGGUGAGUCCAUCCAGGACGUCGUCGACAACAUGUGUCUCCUCAUCGAGGAAGAGUUGCACGAUCUGAUUUACAUGAAACAAACUUUAGUCGACAUUUUUGGCGAGGAUGAAAGCAUCCGUUGUUUCCUGGAAAUGGUCGAUGUUCAGAUCGAUGGUCAACUUAUGGUGUAUAUGGAGAACACCCGGUACAAGUGUAAUCGGGGGUAUGUCCGAAUUUUCAGGGAUGCUGAUGAAAAAGGGAAGAUUGAAACAGUGCCUUCGGGCUAGAAUCAUGAUAUACUUAAAAAUUGUUAAUGCGUUUUCUUUAAAAUCACCAAUUCUGUAUGUUUAAUCACAUUUAUUAAUAGUUUCCAUAUCAAUUUUGGAAAUACUAGCAUAAUAAAUACACACUUUAUUCUAUUCUCAUAACUAGAAUGGGGAACAUCAAAUGGAGAAUCUGCUUGUAGGUUGAGACUACAAAUAUUGUUGCGUCUCGACAUGCGGCCAGCUCCCCAGAAGCUGGAUAAUACCUGCGACGUGCCAUUUUCCAAAUAUCUGCGGCGUCACUGAUAUCCCUUUGGUGACGAGCCUCCAUCCUGAUUGUCCCUUCAAGAUAGAACGCUCCGAUUUGAAAAAUGUCAGCCACAGGACCGUUCGACCGCAUUUAACGAGAGCAAGCUCAAGAUCCCACUGGUUGCUAAUCAAUAUUGUGUCUGUCCUUUCAAGAUCUGGGUAUGGCAUGUGCCAUGGAUCAACCAAAUCCAAUAAUUUCAGAACGUCCACCGCAUCCGGAGAAAUGAUUUUAUCUUCCGAUUUUAAUUCGAUUUUCGAGUUCAAUUUGUCGUCUAGUACUGAGGAUGAGAUAAAGUUGCUACUUGCCAGACCCGAUUUGUCUAAUAUGUUGACUUCCAACGAAUAUGGAAGCAAUACGAACUCUUGGUUUGUGUCAAAUUUUCGGAUAGAUAUAUUUCGUAAGGCUUCUAAAGUCAAAUGCGAAUUGUUAAAUAAGUAUUUCAGAUUUUUGUCGAAAUGAAAAUCAAAUUGGAACGCAAGAAUAUAGCCUACAAAGUCUUGAAAGUAUUCACUGACAAUGGAACAUCAAAUACUGUCGCAUCUCGAUUUCCUUAGGAAUACCCUUAAUCGACAGAUAAUUUAGUGAAACUAAAACUUUGUCAUAGAACAUGCGGUGCA